AUGCAGUUCCCGACCUCCCUCACAUUGUUCGCUAUUCUUGGCAUGGUCAGCGCCGCAGAUCUGUGUGAUUUCAACGAAGCCGCCGAAGGGCCCUACGAGAACAACGAGUCGAGUAUCAUGCCAACCGAGGUCGGGCAUACGACCAUAUUCACCUGGGGAGGGAACGACAUCUACGUCAAGAAGCAGUCGACCCAGGACGCGUGCCCCGACGGAUCGGAGGGCGACUGCAAUGACACCAUCACCUUCAACUUCAAGAACAAAGGCACCACGUACGUCCGCGCGCGGGUCAAGGUGAACGACAGAUGGUAUAACGGGGCCUACCUCAAGCCUGGGACGGAUUGCGAUGUCACGGACGACUUUACUCGCAAAUAUAAGACCCAGGAGGUUUCUUUUGCGAGCUAA